AUGCCAACACCAUUGAAACUUGUGAACGUGCUGGUGGCCACUGAUGUCGCUGCACGUGGACUGGAUUUGAAACGUGUUUCCGUGGUCGUGAGCUACGAGCCUGCCGUGUCCUUGGAUGCUCACGUGCAUCGCAUUGGUCGCACCGGGCGGGCAGGGAAGAAGGGCGAGGCCUACAGCCUGCUGCAGUCCGAGGCGCCGAGCCAGGAUGUGACGACCGCACGGCUGCUGGUGCAGUCCUUCCAAAGUGCUGGACAGGCGACGGGAACCGAAGUGUCGUGUCGCGACGGCGAGAAAAUGGGACGCCAGUCAUGGGCGAAUGAUGCCGCGCCUGGGGGACUGGGUCAAGCUGUCGACCAGGCCGCGAUGUGUCACCUGGCUGUGUCCAAGUCUACUCGGGCCCUAAGUUUUCUGUCUCGCGCCCACGAGGUGGUCUUAGCCUACGUCCUGGCUGAUCUGCUUGAACUGCCGAAGGACCCGUUGCUCUUGAAAUUCCUCGCCAUGAGCGCAGAGCAUGACGAGCUCUACGACGUGGCGGCGGAAUAUCUGUUGCAGCACCCACAGGAGUCUUUGCGCAACUACGUCUCAAUCUCGCGACCGGAACAACAGGAUCGCGCUGCGCAGUGCCAGGCGGAGGGCCGCACGGCCGAGGCCAUCUUGGCGUACGCCUGCGCGCGGCAGGGCGAACAGGCCGUAAGGUUAGCCACUGAUGCCCUGAUGCAACUCUUUCAAAGCCCGGAGGGAUGGACACUCGCUGAGUGCCAUCGGCCCUUCGAAGCCAGCGCCAUGGAUGCGGCCAUUGACGGCGCGCUGGGGGCCUUCCGGAGCAAGCUGCUGCAGUCCCUUGAGCUUGAAGUCUCCUUUCUGGAACAUCGCAUUAAGCAGGAGUUGCACAGUGACCCGCCAUCAGUGACCUGGGCCGACCACGACCCGUCAUUGAGUGAUGAAGCCAACAGCAGCGUGGUGAACGUGGACACCGUUGAAGAAGUGGAUCCUCGCGGCACGGCUGCGUCACAAACGAGUCAACCCGGAGCUGAUCUUCACAAGGUCAUGUUGAAGAAAUGUGGCAGUUAUGAGAGCGCGUCUCGUGGACAUUUGCCUCAAAUCAGAGAACAGAUCCGAACGCUGGAAUUUCGAGCAGAAAGUGUCAGCAGCUGCUUUACGACCUUGGCGCAUUCGCCGUAUUUCGAUCUCCUGUGGGCCCUGAUCAUCGCCUCGAAUGCGGCCUUUCUGGGUAUCCAACUGAACUUCCGGGAGACCAAUUUCUUUGUGGUUCAUUUCAUCUAUGCGUGCCUGUUUGCACUCGAGUUGCUCUUGCGCGUCGUCUCCGAUGGUCCGCGGCGCUACUUUUUGGGCCGCGGCUGGGCCUGGAAUUGGUUGGACGUGCUGGUGGUUUCUGCUGCGUGGAUCGAUAUCAUUCUGGAAGUCUUGGGAUCAAGCGACAAAACGGACGUGAAUUCGAGUGUCCGGGUGUUGAGACUCUUCCGAGUGUCUCGCUUGCUGCGGAUCGUCAAAACCAUUUGGAUCGUGAGAUUUGUGGGCGCCUUGAGGACAUUGGUGUCCUCCCUGGUUGACACCUUGAAGCCACUCUUCUGGGCCAUGGUGCUUCUUUUUAUCAUCAUUUAUAUUGCAGGAGUUCUAUUUACAGAUGUGGUCCUGGAGCACAAAGAAAACCAUGAGCAAGAUGCCAAUGCUACUCGCUUCUUUGGCUCCUUGUCGGUUUCCAUCGAGACCCUGUUUCGCUCCAUCUCUGGAGGCUACGACUGGGCCGGAGCGGCAGAUGCCUUGAGACCCUUGGGUGAGGUUUGGGUCUUGCUCUUUCAAAUCUACAUUGCAUUCUGCAUGUUUGCUGUCCUCAAUGUCAUGACCGGUGUCUUUUGUCAUUCAGCCAUCCGCUCUGCUGAGCAAGAUCACGAGAACCGUCUCGAUAGUCGACACGAAUUUCGAAAAUUGGUCAGUCGGAUUUUUGAGCGUAUGGAUCAAAGUGGCGAUGGAAAAAUCACGCUGGCAGAGUUCGAGAUGAUGUUUGAAAAUGAAGGGAUGCAAGCCUUCCUGGAAAGUGCCGAGAUCAACGCCUCGGACGCCUGGACACUCUUCGCGUCUUUGGACGUUGAUGGCGGCAACGUCAUCGACGUCGACGAGUUCACCAAGCGCUGCAUGUCCUUGCGCGGCCCCGCACGGUCCAUGGACGUCUUCGCCGUGAUUCGGCACAACCUGAAGAUCCGCGAACAGCUGCAGAUCUUGAACGAGAAGCUUGGAUACCUCGGCCGCGAUCUGGCGCGCUUGGAUCAAGUGUCAUUGUGACACUAAGAAAGUGGCGUUUUACAAACUGCUGAGGCUAAACCCACUGUAGCUCUGAUAGAUAACUAUGAAUCUAUGUAUCG